AUGUCGCUCAUGGUCAUCAGCAUGGCGUGUGUUGGGUUCUUCUUGCUGCAGAGGGCCUGUCCACAUGUGGAUGGUCAGGACAAGCCCUUCCUCUCUGCCUGGCCCAGUGCUGUGGUGCCUCAAGGAGAACACGUGAGUCUUCAGUGUCACUCUCAUCUUGGGUUUACCAUCUUCAGUCUGUACAAGGAAGAUGGGGUGCCUGCCCCUGAGCUCUACAACAGAAGAUUCUGGAAGGACAUCCUCCUGGGCCCUGUGACCCCAGCACACGCAGGGACCUACAGAUGUCAGGGUUCACACCUGAACUCCCCCACUGAGUGGUCGGCUCCCAGCAACCCCCUGGUGAUCACGGUCACAGGAGUCUACAGAAAACCUUCCCUCCUGGCCCACCCAGGUCCCCUGGUGAAAUCAGGAGAGACGGUCGUCCUGCAAUGUUGGUCAGAUAUGAGGUUUGAGCGUUUCCUUCUGCACAGAGAGGGGAUCACUAAGGACCCCUUGCACCUCGUUGGACAGCUCCAUGAUGGGGGUUCCCAGGCCAACUAUUCCGUGGGUCCCAUGAUACCUGCCCUUGCAGGGACCUACAGAUGUUUUGGUUCUGUCGCUUACUCCCCCUAUGAGUGGUCGGCUCCCAGUGACCCUCUGGACAUCGUGAUCAUAGGUCUAUAUGGGAAACCUUGUCUCUCAGUCCAGCCAGGCCCCAUGGUUCAGGCAGGCGAGAACGUGACCUUGUCCUGCAGCUCCCAGAGCUCGUUUGACAUUUACCAUCUAUCCAGGGAUGGGGAGGCCCAUAGACUUAGGCUCCCUGCAGUGCCGAGGGUCAGUGGAACAUUCCAGGCCGACUUCCCUCUGGGCCCUGCGACCAAUGGAGGGAACUACAGAUGCUUCGGUUCUUUCCGUACCGCACCCUACGAGUGGUCAGACCCGAGUGACCCACUGCCCGUUUCUGUCACAGGAAACUCUUCAAGUACUUGGUCUUCACCCACAGAACCAAGCUCCAACAUUGGUAACCCCAGACACUCGCAUGUUCUGAUUGUGUCCUCAGUGGUCAUCAUCCCCUUCACCAUCCUCCUCUUCUUUCUCCUUCAUCGCUGGUGCUCCAAAAAAAAGAAUGCUGCUGUAAUGGACCAAGAGCCUGCAGGGGACAGAACAGUGAACAGGGAGGACUCUGAUGAACAAGACCCUCAGGAGGUGACAUAUGCACAGUUGGAUCACCGCGUUUUCACACAGAGAAAAAUCGCUCGCCCUUCUCAGAGGCCCAAGACACCCCCAACAGAUACCAGCGUGUACAUAGAGCUUCCAAAUGCUGAGCCCAGAUUUGUCUCCUGCCCACGAGCACCACAGACGGGCCUGGAGGGGGUCUUCUAGGGAGACAACAGCCCUGUCUCAAAAUCAGAUUACCAGCUCUAAUGUACCAGCAGCCGGAA